UAACACUAGGACAAGGACAAAAAAAACAAAGUCAAGAAUUUUAAAUACAGUACAAAAAGAGUGGAGACAAAUAACUACAGGCAGUAAUGCUAGAUGACUUAACAAUUAUUUGUUCGGACUCCUGAAUAAUUUAAUUGAUGUACAGCUAACUUACAACAUUUUCGACCAGAUUAUCAAAUUUAUUAAAGUUAGAUUUAAGUCUGAAUAAUAUCAUUUUUCUUGUAAUAAAUUCAUGAGGUAGAUGUUAAUCAAUUAUAGAAUUGUGGAAUUAUAAGUCCGGUAUUAUGAAGAAUAGGUACAUUUGCAGUUUAUUUUAGAGCAAUAACAAUUUUGAGUGAAAAUUGAAUCUUAGGUGUGCUCUGCGGUCUGCAAAAGAGAUAAGGAAAAUUUUUGAGAUCAAGAACUUUGUAUAUUUUAUUUUGUAAAGAUUCAAUUUUAUCAGUACUGGAAGUAUUAAUAGAAGUUGAAACAACUGAACAAUAUUCUAAUUUAGAUCUAAUUAGAUAUAAAUAGAGAAAAAUAAUGGAAUCUUGUUUAGUAGCAUAAAAGGUGCUGCAAGAUGGUCCCCGAGAAGAAACACAAGAAAAGUAAGUCAAAGGAGAAAGAGAAGAAGAAACAUCAUGGACGGAAAGGAAGCAGUGUUUCUGAGGAUGAGUUAUUUAAUGAUGAACCAGAAACUGAUGAUGAUGCUGCCAUCAAUCUCAAUGAAGAACUGCAUCCCAUUGGCUACUACGUCAAUGACAGGAAAACUAUGCUGGAUCACGUGUUCUCUGUCACAACGGAACGGAAGAUUCGUGCCAUGCUACCUCCGAUACUGAAGCCACUUCCUUUGUUAGAACUGAAGUCUCUGUGUCUGGACCAGCUGCUGGGGAUGUCUACCAAGCGCGUGAUCAGCAUUCUUGAUGGGCAGCAACUGGAGUCCUCUUCAGGCACGGAUGAUGAUAACGAUGGCAGUGAUGUGGAGACAAAAGUGCAUGCAGCUGGAGAGACAAACAAUUGUGAGGAACUGGGUGACAUUGAUGGCUAUGUGAUGUCUGAGCCUGAGGACACUUUAGAAAUUGGAAUCACCACCCAGGAAAUGGGUGAUUUGUUCACUGAUGAUGGGGAUAGUAAGAUGGCAAAGAAGAAGGAAAAGGCCAAACACACGUCCAAAAAGAAACACAAGAAACGUUCGGACAAAGAGAAAGAGAAGAAGAAGGAAGACAGUAGUUCGGACAGCAGCACGAAGGCGGUGCAGAAGGAGACGGUGGAGGAGGAGAAGGGCAAGAGCCUGCUGGAGAUACUGGAGCUGGAGAUGAGGGCCAGGGCCAUCAGAGCUCUGCUCCGAGAGCACGGAGACUCCCCGGUCAGAGCCGGUGAGAGGCAGGGCUCCGUGGAGUUGGUGUGUGAGCAGGAGACAGCACUGCCUCCCAGCAUACACAUCAAGGAAGAAAAGCCCUUUGAGCAAAAAAAAAUAAAGAGACAGGUCCCUGAGUUAGCAUCACACAACAAACGUUGCAAGUCGAGGAAAAUGGAAAGUCGUGGUCACAGGAGAACAAGACAGCCAAAGACUUGUUCAGAGGUGCCGAUAAAGGCUGAGGUCAUUGACGUGGAUAGUGACAACAGUGUAGAAUUGAAAGAAAUUGUAAAAGUGAUCCAUUCGGACCUGGAAACAGUUUCGUCCGGGGAAGAAGUUUUCGUAGAUAUGAUUGAUAACUCGGAUCCUGUUGCUAAGGAAGAUGGAGAAAUAAGCUCGGUGGGUGGGGACGAUGUGAUCGAGGUGGAGUACGAUGCCGGCAGAGAUGUGAUCGUGGUGGAUGACAGCGACGGUGAUGUGGACGAGCCGGCCCGCACGUUGUCGGACGAGGUAAGUGAGCUGAGGAAGUCACCCUCGCCGGAAGGAAUGGAGAUGGCGGUCUCUGAGGAGCGCCCUGCUGAGUCGUGGGCACAGAGGUGGCUGAAGAGUAAAGGUGUGCAGAAAGUAGUGACGGACAGCAAAAUGUUUGCUCGCAUACACAAGCGCAUGAAGACAGCUCACAAGGGACGAGUGUCUCCGGAAAGAGCAACCACGGUGUCUUCAGUUGAGGCAGUUGAAGUGGUUGGCAGUGUGGAUGAAUACCAAUCUUUGAAAUUAAAAUAAAAUCAUGAAUGCUUUGUCUGGGAUAAAAUUAACACUGCCCUAAUAGAUAUUUUAAUUUAUGUUAUUUCCCGAUGUCUUAAUUUUUUAUUAAUUUUUUUUUAUUUGUUAGGUUACAAACGUAUUAUAUUAAAACGUACCUUGUCAUUUUGUUUCUUUUUCUGUGUUUUAAAGUUCUGUCAGAAUUAAUUCAAAAUGUAUGUGAUUAAUUGUGAAGACACUCAUUUAUACAGUUAUGUGCUUCAUUAUUUGUAUUAGCUAGACUCCAGGUCAAGGUCCCAUCUGUUUAGAACUACUGACACCUUAUGUCAGUGCGGAUUACGGCUGUGCCUAAAAUUUAAGUGUGGAGCUAUGUGCACGCAACUCUGUAAACCUUACAUCUCUUAUAUAGUAGUCAAGACUCAUAUUGUUUAGCCUCUACAGAUCAGCCAAAAAGUUUAGUUGAAAAUAGUGUAAUAUUACAAUUACAUACUGACAGUUUCGUUAGUUUUGAUUGGUGUACUUGCAUAUAUUUCCACAUAUCUUCCUCAUGAACCUGUGUAUAUGAAUAUUUAUUAUUAUAAAGUUUUUGUUUAGUUUAUACAUUUUGCUUGUAUAGGUAAUAUAUAAUGAAAAUUAUUUAUUUGAAUCUUAAAACUUAAAAUUACUGAAGUAUUGUAGCAAAUAUAACCUACAAUUGAUAUUCAAAAUUGGUGACGUUCGUUUGCUUACGAUAAUGACAGAAGUACAUAGAUUUGUUGGCUUGCAUGCCUGCAUACUUCGCUUUUCCUUGUGAUGUCACUUCCUGGGACAAGCAAAUCUAACAGUAUACAUAUGUACUUGAGGCCAAUUCGAACAUGGCCUAACUUGCGAUAAGUAUGUUUACAUCAAAAACAUAAAGGGAGAUACCUGAAAAAGUUAAAUGUUUGGGAACAAGUAUAUUUUUAACUGACAUUCAGAGAAAGUAAUUUCACAAUGAGUUCUUUUCUAUAAACUGACAGAAACAUCAUACCUAUUUAUUGCAUCUUCGUCCACUUCACUGCAUCACCUGAUCACAUUUGCAGUAACAUUAAACAAAGCAGGAACACAAUUUUUCCCUACACCACAAAUCUUAUGUGCACUAGUAUUAGAAUGUAACCAUACCAUAAUUUAUUUUUACAGUGCUCAUUUAACGAAUGUGGUUUCAGUAAGUUAAUCAUACCUAACAUUUUAGGAACAAAUAAACAUAAUUACUAUCACACAAAAGUUUUCUAAAAUAUGAAGCCAUGUUUUCACACCAGUGAAGCACUUUAAUAGCUGAAUGAUCCACAGUACAUAUACCAUGGGGAGGGGGGGGGGAGAAAGAGAGAAGAGUAAAAGUAACUGUCAUGAGUUGACAUGAGAUGGUAAAACAAAAUUUAGUUGUUUUAUCACCUGGUUAGCAAGAAUGGUAAAACUAUAAAAUAAAAUUUAUAGCACACUCACUAGAAAGUUUCAGCCAACUUAUUUCACAUAUACAGUUUUAAUUUAUUUCCUUCUUCUAUUUUGUACUUUUUAAAUGAAAAAAAAUAUGUACAUAUUCAAGUAAAAACUGUAGAAUACGUUAAGAACAAGAAUGUGAUACACUGGUGGGCAAGAUAUGUCCUGGCAAUGUGGAUUGUGUUAAUUUUACACUACAAAAAUAUUGUUAAUACAUUUUGUUAUUGUCAUAUGUUGAAGUCUUGGAAAUUUACUUUCAACACCUAAAAUAAUAUAAACAAAAUUCUUGUUGUUGAGUUUGGCUGUAUGAAGCCUAUACAGCACACAUCACAAAAAAGAACAUCAGUACAGUAAAACUCGCUUAAGACGUUCCGCGUAACACGUUUUCCCGUUUAUUAAGUUCAAAAAAUUAUUCCCUUGAUCACUUCCAUAUAUCCCUAUGUUAAUUUUUCCCUUACAUAACGUUUGUGUUUAUAUAUGCUUCCCGCACAUAACGUUCCGCGUUUGUAGAAAAAAUAUAAAAUAAUAACAUUAACUUUAAGCAUUUGAACCAUUUUUAAAGUUAAUUAAAAAAAUUUACGUAUGUAUUUACAAACGAUGAGUUAAUUUGAACAGCACAAGACCGUCGAAACCUGCGCCACGCGCCACUCGCUGUUACAGACACGCUGUUCUAUCUGUGCGCCAUUUCCCCACUCGAGUAAUAACUGGUGACGAAAGAUAAACGCGCACGAUCGUCGAAACCUGCGCCACACGCCGCGUGCUGUUACGAGUGUAUUUUAUGUCCAAUCAUCUGCUUUACUGAGACACUGUUCCAUCAACACACCAUUUCCCCCAUUGAGGCAUAAAUUCUGACGAAUGAUAAACGCACACGAUCGUCGAAACCUGCGCCACACGCUGUUACAAGUGUAUUUUGCGACCAAUCAUCUGCUUGACUGAGCUGCCGUUCCAUCUACAUACCAUUUUCUAACACGUGACUAAAGCCGGAGUUACAAUAGCCCGUCGCCUCCGUCCGUCAAUCACGUGACCUGCAGCAAAUAAGAGCAGUGGCGUAGCUAAGAUGACGCGCCCCUGGCCAAACUUGAAAAUGGCGCCCCUGGCCAAACUUGAAAAUGGUGCCCCCUCAUGGAUUAAAAAAGAGGGGGAAGGGUUCAGUAACCGCGAAACCGUCACGGCUGCGCCCCCCCCCCCCCCCCCCCCCAUGCCCUGGCGCCCCUGGCGGUGGCCAUCACUGCCACCCGCUUGCUACGCCACUGAAUAAGAGUGCGAAAAAUUUCAUCCGUCCGUCCGUCAAAAGCUUGGCAAACUUAUACUUUUGACGGACGAACGGAUGAAAUUUAUAUCUAUGGUUGGUCGCGCCAGUCAAUUGUUAUCCGAUUACAAGUCAGUGGAGUUUGUUUUUGUUAGUUCAACUGUUCACAGUUUGGUUAGCAUUACAUAUAUGCAUUGCGGCUUGAAAAACUCUUGAAUUGUAAUAACUUCAAAUUUUUCUGAAAAUUUGCUGAUCCAUUAUGUACGGGAACACGAGUUUCUGUACGAUUUUCAAACGUGAACAGGAUCACCAAAAAUAUUUAGCUUAUAUGGGCAUUUCCUCUGACAUUAGACCAUUAAAGUUCGUAUUUGUUGGCUGCACUGAUUUCGAAAAAUGUUUGGACGGACGGACGAGGUGCCUUGUUGUAACAAAUGGACAUAAUUUGGCCUCGCUGGUUCGUACAUACAACUCGGUCGUAAGGACAAGUAUUGGAGAACCGUGAGUGUACGUAGAAUCGAGGUUUCACGUACUCUGAAGCGCUUGACCACUUGGACAAACUGAAGUUAUUUGUGCAUGGAACACAAAAUGUUCUUGAUAGUGUGAGCAAGAGUUUGUGGGAACUUGACAAUUUUGUAAUGUGUCAGUCGGAAAAUGUGUUAAAACAAUCAAAGCUGACACAAUAUUUUUCAAAACAGUAAUUUUUUUGCUAGUGUUUUAAUAAGUUUUUUAUUGUGCUUAUUACAUUUAAUUCAGUGUAUAUAAUUCAGUUUUUGAUGUAAUUGUAUAGUUUUCCAAGUAUGCUGAUGAUAAUAGGUGAGUAUAAUUUUAUGGUUAAUACAGUGUGUUAUUUGAGUAAAUUUGGUUUUUAUAUAGCGACUGAAUUUUAACCAAUGUAUUUCCCCUGUAAGAAGUUUUCCCUGUUAAGAAGAAGUUUUUAGCAUCCAGUCCCUUGAAAAACGUCUUAACAGAGUUUUACUGUAAUUUAAAAAAUGAGCCUCUUAUUAUCUUGAGUGGUGAUAUGUCAAUUCAUUUUGUUUAACGUGUUGAAAAGGUGUUUACCAAGCUAAGUUAGCAUUUCACUUUGGUUAGGAACACGGUUUAGUGAUUUCACUUCCAGGCACAGGUUGGCAAAUGUACAUAAACUUAAGACUAAACAUGUUUACUUGUAAGUACAAAACUGUGACAACAUAAAGAUUUUACUAAAUAUGCAGGCAUACCUGUUAUGUAAUAUGCAAGGAAAUCAAAUUUUAAAUAUAAAUUUUAUAUUAUUGGUUUAGGGUUCUGCUUUAAUAAAAAAAAAUGCAAGUGCAUUAUGUAGUGUUAAUAUUAUCAUUACACUAAUGUUACAAUUUAAAGGAUUUAAUUACUAUACAUGUA